AGGACGGGAGACACCACGUGACACAUUCAGGUCAAGAAAAUGGCCGUUCGUCUGACGCUCACGCUGGAGAAAAUGGCACCAGAAGUGACGUCAACAACAAUAAUAAACACCAACUUUCCAGCAACGUCGCUGGCAGUGACGCAGCCCCAAGUUUCCUACAGAAGGCGUUUUCUUGGAGGGGCGCCAUCGUUGUCCUCCUCCACACGUCUUUCAUCAUCAACGUCUUGCCCAGAAACACCCUCCCCAUGGCCCUGGUGUGUAUGGUGGACCCUUACAAGGCCAGCAGGGGGAGCGGCAAUGUCACCUUCUCAAAUAGUUCCCAUGACGACAGACCAACGCUAAUCUCACAGAAUGACACGGGAGUAGAGGUUAGACCAUUCUGCCAGUUACCCAGUUGCUAACUAGUUAGUCAUUUAUAACUAGUCUGUCAGUUAGUUAAUUGCUAAUAGUCUGUCAGUCAUUUCCUUACUAGUCGGUCAUUUGGUCAACUGUAAACUUUUCAGUCUGUCAGUGCUAAUUUGUCUGCCAGUUAGUCAACUGCUAAUUCGUUUACCAGUUAGUCCCUUGCUAAUAAGUCUGCCAGUUAGUCACUUGCUAAUUAGUCUGCCAGUUAGUCAAUUGCUAAUUUGUCUGCCAGUUAGUCAACUGCUAAUUUGUUUACCAGUUAGUCCCUUGCUAAUAGGUCUGCCAGUUAGUCACUUGCUAAUUAUUCUGCCAGUCGGUCACUUGCUAAUUAUUCUGCCAGUUAGUCAAUUGCUAAUAAGUCUGCCAGUUAGUCACUUGCUAAUUAGUCUGCCAGUUAGUCAAUUGCUAAUUUGUCUGCCUGUUAGUGAACUGUUAAUUUGUUUACCAGUUAGUCCCUUGCUAAUAAGUCUGCCAGUUAGUCGCUUGCUAAUUAUUCUGCCAGUUAGCCACUUGCUAAUUAUUCUGCCAGUUAGUCACUUGCUAAUUAGUCUGCCAGUUCGUCUAAUUAGACUGAUUUUAUAUCUACACUUUUUUUUUAAACUGCUUCUAAAUUAUUUUUUUGUAAUCAACCAUAACAAAGCCAGCUUUCAACGGAUGGCAUUAGUGAUAGACGUUAACUGAACCCUUUUGAACGACACGAUCAAGGGAAACAAUUACUUGACAUAUAAAUAGGGUCAAAUUAAAAGGAAAUGCAAUAAAAAUUGGCACCGGACCACAGUUCAACCAACCUUUAAAGUCUUGGAAGCACUGCAUUAGAGAGUAAUUCUCUUUCUUGUUCCUCAGGUUGUGCAAUAUGAAUUCGACUGGGACUCGGAACUCCAGGGCCUCAUCCUGACGGGGAUCCAGUUCGUCUCGUUCACGGGGCCAAUCCUUAGCAACAUCGUGAAGAAUCUGAUCGGCAGCAAGAACUGCAUGACAGCCUUCACCUUGACCGGCGCCAUCUUCAGCAUCAUAUCCCCCGCGGCAGCGCGCGUUAGUCCAUACUUCCUGUUGGCUGUAAGAGUCGUCUCGGGACUUACUUUGGUAAAAGAUAAAUAUAUCUUUCUAAAAAUAGUAUUUUCAUUUACUCGUUUACCAAAGCGUAAAUUAUGCAUUUUGGCACCCUCUGAAAACGCUACUUGUGGCGGGUGUACACACCUCCCCCCACCCCGCAGGAUAAUAAUACAACAUACACAAUUGUAAAAUAUAUUUUGCAAAGAAAAUUCAAAUUAAAUUAUUGUUUAUUUUUGCUAAGUGGAGUAUUUUGUUGACUUUGGUAAUGUUACCUACCGUUAUGUGUAUAGAGAAUUUAAGAAUUGAAUCUCUUAUUUAACUAUAGACUUUGGUGAACGGAAAUUUGAUCGAAAGAAAUUUCGUCCACGGUAAAUUGAUCGACGGAAAUUUGAUCGAACGAAAAUUUGGUGGAAACAUUUUUUCAGUUCACUCGCUAAAAUUUUCGUCAAAUUUCUUUUUGAACGCACUCUACUGUAUGCUAAAACAAAAUAAUCCGUUCAAAAAAGAAAUUUGACGUAAAAUUUAAACGUAACAACUGAAAAAAAGCUUCGACCAAUUUCCGUUCGAUCAAAUUACCGUCGUUCAAUUUACCGUCGACGAAAUUUCUUUCGAUCAAAUUUCGGGAUACGAUAGACUCUAUGGCUCGUUGAAAAACAGUAAGCAACAAAAAAACGAUGCAAUGCAUUUAAUACGAUACUGGAGAAACGAUACCCGGACUAGGGCUGAUUGCAAUUGAUAACUUUUUAAGUUCAUAAUAAAUUACAAAAUCAAAUGAAAUAAAAACUAAAGCUAUUGACUUACAGUAAAGUGAUGACUUGUACAGGUAGGCUGCAAUGGCUGUAGAAUGUACAAUGUUGAAAAAGGUACAAUGUUGAAAAGGGUACAAUGUUGAAAAGGGUACAAUGUUGAAAAGGGCACAAUGUUGAAAAGGGUACAAUGUUGAAAAGGGCACAAUGUUGAAAAGGGCACAAUGUUGAAAAGGGUACAAUGUUGAAAAGGGCACAAUGUUGAAAAGGGUACAAUGUUGAAAAGGGUACAAUGUUGAAAAGGGUACAAUGUUGAAAAGGGUACAAUGUUGAAAAGGGUACAAUGUUGAAAAGGGCACAAUGUUGAAAAGGGUACAAUGUUAAAAAGGGUACAAUGUUGAAAAGGGCACAAUGUUGAAAAGGGUACAAUGUUGAAAAGGGUACAAUGUUGAAAAGGGUACAAUGUUGAAAAAAGGAACAUGCUCACGCACACGUCAAAAAUUAGUCAACAAAUCUCUGUCUCGUAUAGCAAAUCUCUCCGAAACCAAUCUCCUCUAUGCGUAUUUAUAGUCUGUUUUAAUGACUUUUCUAGAAAGUGCUGGGGGGGGGGGGGUCGUUCGUAAAGUACGUCACACGAAAAAUGACCUGUAUAGACCCCCCCCCCCCCCUCCCACCACGCGUCUCAAAAUCUUUUAUCCCCCCUUCCCCCCCCCCCCCCCCCAAGUGUCACGUUGCACCUAAAAAAAGAUCAAAACCUCGAUAAAAUGUUUAUAGCUUAUUAACUAAGAUUUUAUUUGAUCCUUUAACACUAGAAUAAAUGUCCCGAUGUUAUUGGGACAAUAAUUGCACGUAUUCUUAUAUAAUUUCUACCUGCUAUUGCAAAAACUCAUCACAAUUCAUAGAUUUAAAUAGAAAUGUCUAUGUCAUGAUAUUUACGUUUUUAACAUUAAGUUUUGAGAAGUAUUUAUCUGCUAUAUAUAUUAUGCCAUUACCCUACUCCCUUUCACGCCCCUAAACUCCUUUUUUUUCGCCCCUUUAACAUUACCUUAAAUUACCCGCUCUAAAUUAUCACACAUUAUAUCACUUCUGUCACUAAAGAAGUUUAUUGAGGGACGAUUUCUACACUAGAAAAUUACUUUAGAUUUACCUCUUUUCAUGCCCUUGAACUAAAACUUUUUUUUUCUAAAAAUUGUGAAAACAUAAACUUAAACCAAAAACUCAAUAUCUGAUAUUAAUAUAUUUUAUAUUAAAGGAAUUUCAUAUAUUAAUACGUUCAUAAAAAAUUUAAACGAACUUUUGCCUUGUUUUUUUUUUUUUUUGGGGGAGAGGUUUUUAAAUUAUACAUUAUCAAGACAUCGGGGGAAAAAAUUUGUUUCUAAAGAAGAAUCUCGCAAGCAUUGUUCACGUCUAUAACAGACUUGAGUGUCUUUUUUAACAAAAAUGUUAAUCUCAUAAAAAUACAUAUAUGCCCACUUUACUUUUCGCAAAGUAAAAACAGAAAAAUAUUUUCAUUUUAUAUUAACCCAGCUCUAUUUUUCAAAAUUAAAUUUUUAAGUGUAUAAAAUUAUUGGGUUUUGAUAUUCGUGGGAAUACUUAUAUAAAUGUGCCCACGUUUUGUUAACGCAAUUGAUUUUGUUAACUGGUAAAUAUAAUAUGUUUAAUUGUAAAAAGAGAAUGCAACAUCUCUUUUUCACAAAUCUUAUACCAUAGGAUUUAAAUAUAUUUUCAUACACGUAAAAAUGUACACAUCCUAUUUUCUACCUCCGAUAUGUAUGUACCCAAGAUGUUUAAUUAUUUAUCAAAUUCAUUCCUUUAUUUUGAGACGUACCUUGUGCUGCCUGGGGCAAAAUGAACAUACCCAUAUUUGCAAAAGAGAAUUUAACAUCUCUUUUUUUUCACAAAUGUAAUACCAUAGGUUUUAAAUAUAUUGUCAUCCACGUAAAAACUGUACACAUCUUGUUUCCUACCUCCGAUAUGUAUGUACCCAAGAAGGUUAAUUAUUUAUCAAAUUAAUUUCUUUAUUAUCUUGCGCUGCCUGGGGCAAAAUAACCAAUUUCCACCCCCCCCCCUUUCCCCGCCUAAAAUGAAAUAAAAUUAAUUAAUCAAAUUAAUUUCUUUAUUAUCUUCCGCUGCCUGGGGCAAAAUAACCAAUUUCCCCCCCCCCCCCCUUUCCCCGCCUAAAAUGAAAUAAAAUUAAUUAGCAUUAUCCACCGGAUUGUAGUCCUUUCCAUACCCAAACUAAUAUUUUUUUUUCACUUCAUAUGGUUUGUUCUGAUUUGGAUGAGUUAAAAGUGGAUUAGUGAAUGCUAAUUAAUUAUAGUGUUUCGCUGCACUGACUGACUUAAACGGAAUUUUUCUUAUUAGAAGUAUAUUUAAAGGUUAAGUUUUUAUUACGUUAUAAAUUUAAUAAAAGUAUAUUUUAGGAUUUGUUAAAAGUACAGCUCAUUGAAUGUUAAAAGUACAAAGCUAAAAUUCGUAUGUGUUUUAUUAAUAAUUUAAAAAGCAAGCAAUUAUAUUUACUCAUUUUAAUUUUAAGUAGGGGAAAGUAUAUUAUCAGUUUUUUAACUCGCGGUUUAAAGUCAAAGAAAUUUAAGAGUUUUGGCUAAAAUAUGCGAUACGUUCUAUGACGUCAUUUGCGUGUUUAUUUAGAACAAAUUAAUUUAUUUAAAUUUUAUUUCGCAAUAUUAACAACGCACUAAAACGCGCACUAAAAUAACUGAUGUUUGGGUUUUCCCGAUAAAUGUGAUUACGGUGUAAUUCUUUGAACAUGAUUUUUUUUUUCAAUUUUUUUUUUCAUAACAUUAAAACGCAUAUAAAAUGCUUAAGAUAUUUCCUUAGUUUUUACUUUGCAUGUAUUUGUAAUAAAUAAUAAUAAUACUUUAGCGUUUACUAAAAUAAAAACGGAUAUAUAAUAAUUUUUGCGCAUUUGAAUUUAUUCGAUUUCCGUAAAAUAAUAGAAAAUAACUAUGACUGUUUUUAACAAUCUAGACGUAUUGAAAUCCUUUCGGUUCUUUGGAGUUAGCAUAGCCCAUUUAUAUAUAUAUAUAUAUAUAUAUAUAUAUAUUUCCAUAAUGAAUCAGGAUGUUGUAUUAUUUGAAGUCUGUGACGCGAAACAACGAAGUCAUCCCCGAGUCGAAUGUAAAUUGGUCACAUCAGUUUCUGCGUCAUUUUUCAAUGUGCUCAAAAAGUGUUCACGACUGUAUUAAUGUAAAAAAAAAAUUCAAAAAUAAAAAAAAAAAAAGGUACCGCAAAAAAGUUUGACCCCCCCCCCCUCCCGUCACAAAGUGUCACAAAUUCUAGAAAAAAUGAAUGAAAGUAGACGUAACGCCUCUAACAGGUCAUAAGAGUUCUGUUCGCUCAUUGAUUCAGAGUUAAAGUAAAUAUUAGGCCACCGGUUAUUAUAUAACCCAGGCCCAGUGGCCCCAGUAGUGGCCCCUGUAGUAACCCCAUUAGUGGCCCCAGUAGUGGCCCCAGUUGUUGCCCCAGUAGUGACCCCAAUAGUGGCCCCAGUAGUGGCCCCAGUUGUUGCCCCAGUAGUGACCCCAGUAGUUGCUCCAGUAGUUGCCCCCGUAGUGGCCCCAGUAGUGGCUCCAGUAGUUGCUCCAGUAGUGGCCCCAGUAGUGACCCCAUUAGUGGCCCCAGUAGUGACCCUAGUAGUGGCCCCAGAUCACCGGGGUCAUCACACCCUAGUAGUGGCCCCAGUAGUGGCCCCAGUAGUGGCCCCAGUAGUGACCCUAGUAGUGGCCCCAGUAGUGACCCCAGUAGUGGCCCCAGUAGUGGCCCCAGUUGUUGCCCCAGUAGUGACCCCAGUAGUUGCUCCAGUAGUUGUCCCCGUAGUGGCCCCAGUAGUGGCUCCAGUAGGGGCUCCAGUAGUUGCUCCAGUAGUGGCCCCAGUAGUGGCCCCAGUAGUGGCCUCGCUUUCCUCUCCUUGUCAUGGCCUAAAUAAGUUACACACUUAAAAUGAUCUUAAAAUAGAAGACUUCACUUUCCUCUUCUCUUAUAUUGUGACGUUGUCUUUGUGGACAGCAAAGGGGGGAGAGGGGUAAAUUAAAUGUAAACCAAAUACUCUCUAAACAUAUUUCACAAUAAUUAAAGACGUUUUGCCUUUCUUCCACAGGGGGGUAAUGUCCCAAUGGUGGGUGAGGCCCUCGCCUGGUGGACGCCCGACUCUGAGAAACUCACCUGGGUGGCGUGCUCGUUUGCAGGU